GUUUCAUGACCGCGGACGACGAGGACACGACCGCGGAGCGGCUCAAGCGGCCGAUCACGGAUGCGCACCCGACGCUCUACAUAGAGACAAGGAAGGCGCAUGCUGCGGCCUCCGUGGACCUAUACUGUCUGCUCUUCAACGCGCAGGGGGAGCUCAUUGACCACGUGCCUAUCAAUGGGUCGCUGCGAGACGGCUCGAUCGUGCAAGCGCCCCGCAAUCAGCACGGCUACCACCAAAAGAUGGUGAUAUCACUGGCCAAGGUGCACCUUGGCGUGGAUGUGAUUGGCAUCAUCCUUUCCCACAGCCACGACGUCGUCUUCGAUCCACACAAGGUACUGGACGAUUGCGUCGUCCACUGCUCGCUACUGUCGUCCGACACGAGCGACGCAUUCGUCGACUUUUCAGCGACGGGCAGUGACGUCGUCUGCGUCGGCACCCAUUCGGCCUCGACCUCGUCGCGGAUUCUCGUGCAAAAUGCCUUUGUCGUGGCCAAGAUCUACAGAGACAACCGCCAGCGCCACACGUGGCUCUUGGACCCGAUCAACGAAGCGGUUCAGUGCAGCAGCCACUGCCUCGUGGGUCUCACGCGCGCCCUACAGCUCUUCCUCCUCGACAUCAUUCCCGACAUCGAUAUUCCCAACGUCACGUCGCUCAAGACGAUUCGAGGCAUCUGCUCGACGCUGACGAGCACCGAGUUUUUGGAGCUCGAGGCGCUCUUUCCCAAGAACGGCUCGGGCGUGCCAAAAGCCGCCUUUGCAGAGUGCUUGGCGCUGGGCAUUAUCAAGUCCCGCCCCGAGCUCCGCGCCGAGAAGCGGGCAAUAGCACUCUUGCGUCUGCUCUGCGAAAUGUUUGAUCAAAUCGAUAUCAACGGGGACGAGCAAGUGGACUGGGAAGAGUUCACGACGUUUUGCAUUGCGCUUGGCAUGCUCUCGACAAAACAGUCGUACGACACGUCCGAUGUCUCGGGCGUUGAAUACGUCUACAAGCAGCUUCGCACGGCCCACGCGACCCGACCAUUUCCGUACCAUAUAACCAAGAUGCGCGCUUUUGAGCAUGUGCGCAAGGUUGCGAUCCUCGAGCAAGAAAGCCCUCUCGUCGCCAUUUUCGAUAUGGACGGCACGUUCCUGCACGACAUGGCCAACGUCAUGAAGACGAGUGUCAUGAAGGACGGGCUAUACAUUCUCGACAUUGAGCACAUCCCGACGCGCAACUGCUACGUCAUCUCGAGCUCGGACCGGAUCUUGACGCUCUGGAACAUCGUCAACGCCGUGAAAGGACAGUACGUCCAAAGCGGUCGGUUCACCAACCACCACAUGGUGCGCACGAUCAAGUGGUGCGCGACGCUCAAGCUCUGCAUGACGUCGAGCUCCAAACACACUGUGCUCUGGAACUUUGACGCGGGCAAGAUUGAGCACCGGCUACACGGCCACAGCGACCUCAUCACUGACAUUGUCGAAGUCCCCGGAGCACCUCUGUUUCUUACAGCGUCGUACGACCAUACGGUGGCGCUCUGGGAGAUGGACCGUAUGCGACUCGUUUUCGCGUUCGAAGGGCACACGCAGGGCGUGCUGCACGUGGACUGCAUUGGGAACGUCCUCGUCUCGUGCGGCUUUGAGCACCACGCGCGCGUGUGGAGCCUCGCCACUCGCAAGCAGCUCGUGCUAUUGACUGGUCACCACGAAAUGCUUCUGGACGCCAAGCUCGUUCGGCUCAAUCCCAAUACCCUACUGUGUACCACGGGCGACGUUGGCGGCAACUUUCAGGUUUGGGACAUUUCCCGCUGCAUCGUCGACGCGUCCAAAGAUGCUGCGGUCGUGCUCCACAAGUUGAACGUCGGCAUUCCUGGCUGUGUCACCCCCGUCUUUCACACCUUUACGGUGCUCCCCCAAGACCACAAACAGCCACACAGCGAGCUCUGCGAGAUCUGGACCGGUACGGUCGAUGUGGUGCGCCUCGUGCCCGAAGCCGUCUCGUCCAUGCAAGCGCCCAUGCAGCAUGUGCUCUACAACGCACUCGCACACACGUUCACGGCCUCCGUCGGUGGCAAAAUCACCGUCUGGCGCGGCAAAGACGGCCACAUUGAGCAAGAACCGAUCCACAUCGCAUCUGUUGAAGUGUGCGGGCUCUGCUACGACCUUCCGCGCCAGCGCAAGCUGUUUGUAUCGACAAGCGACGGCUAUAUCUGCAUGUACAACCUCAUUACGGGCGAGCUCAUGGACUCGGCCAAGUUGCACAACAGCGACGUCCUCGCCAUGAUCUAUUGCGAACACACCAACUGCCUCAUCACGACCGGUGGCGACGACACACUCGCGAUUUGCGCCGACGUCAAAGGCGAAGGAAAGUUGGAUCCGCUCCGAACCAUUGAAAACGUCCACCGCGCUGGCAUGACCGCCUGCGCGUACUCGAGUGAGCACGGACUCAUUGUGACGGGUGACGUCAAGGGCCAUAUCCGAGUGCACGACUUUCAGCGUCUCUCCCUUAUGUUUCGGUGUGAAGGCCAUGGCGGCGAGAUCACGGCGCUCGCCUUCCACCCGGCGACGUGCGUGCUUUUUGCCGCCGAAGCCAGCGGCGACAUUUGCGUCUGGCAGCUGCUCAACGUAUUGACCUUGUCGCAGUGCGUCAUGCGCCUCGUCGUGCCUGUUUCGACGACCUUCCUCACGAGCCCCGACCUUGACCCAUCGAGUGCGACGCCAAUCAUCACGACUCUGUGCGCAACGUCCGACAAGAUCGUCGCCGGCGAUGACCACGGCCGCCUGCAUGUCUGGCCGAUUCAGCUGAUGCGGAAACAAGCUAAGGGCAUCACCAAACUCUUCUUCGAGCCGCUGCCAGCAAACAUGAUUGCGUACGCGCGCGGCGGGUACAACCCCAAUUUGCGAAUGACACGCAUGCAGAGCGUCGCCACGUCCGACGUCAGCAGUGGUCACCACCACACGGCGCACCACAGGCCGAUCAUGGGCCGCCCUGCCGUUGUUCAGAUCAAGGCGCCGACCACCUGGAUCGCUCAUACGAGCAAAGUCUACCACGUCGCACCGCUCCCAAGCCCAGGAUUUGUGUUUUCAUCGAACGACACGGGCGUUCGCCUGUGGAGCGCCGACGGCGACUGCCUUGGAGCUCUCGACCGCAAGCACAGCAGUGGUAACGAGUCUGGAAGCACCGAGGCGAGCGUACCGUGGAAAUACCGCCUGAGCCCAUCCUCGUCAGCUCUGGAGCUCUCGGCCGCCGUACAGACCAUGGCCAGGAACGUCCUUCGCCAAGUUGCGUCGUUGAGCGCCACUGCAGUGACGUCAACGAGUCAUACCCCACCGGCCCAUCGCACGAGCAUUCUUCUAGACGGCUCGCACCUGCGCACGCAGAGCUACCGUCGGUGCUCGAGUCUUCUCGACCUGCGGACCAAGUCCCACAAGGUCUCCAUUGUCGAGCAAGAAGACGAUCCGGCAUUGACCCACACCAUUCAGCACGCAACAGCCGAGACGGCCUUCUCUCGUCGGUCCCUCGCGGAGGGCAUCAAGACCAACACGUUCACGCAGGACGAAGGGUUUAUCCUCGAGUGCCUCAGCCACGACGCACAUGCGCGCAAGACGUACGACUCGAUCGUGUUUCCGCCGCUCUUGCUCACGAAGGCAGAGCUACGUCGGCAGCUUGAGCUGAACGCAGUGCCAAAGGCUGACACGGACGCCGUCGACGAGCUUCCGAUGCUGCGCACGUGCGACAACUUUCUUGGCGAAGUCCGCGUGCACAAGGCCAAGAUGACGCGCUUCUCGCACGAAAUGCCAUUGGACCCGUCGCCAUUUCUGCAGACGCACUUGCCAGGAAAGAAGGCCCUCGCCACGACGUCCAUGUCCGUUCCAAAGAGCAAGCAGGCAACGACACUACGACAACGAAUGCAGUGGAAGAUCGACGGGUUCGUCGACCAACCGGUGCUGCCCAGCGUUGUCAAGGCACCGGUGUCGCCAGCCCGGCGCCACGCACGGCAGUGGACCGACCCCACCUUUGCCGCCCUCGAUGCGCGCCUCGAGUCGAGCUUGGGCCCGCGUCGGUCGCAGUCGACGACCGACCUCUCCUUCGUUCAAGCAAACAUUUCGAGAAAACUCACGCUCUGCGAAACACUGCAAGGACUGGACGUGACGCGAACCAAAGUCGUGACACCGGCGAUGACUCCGAUGAGCCGACGCGUCGCGACACCAGCGUCGGUGCGAACACCGGUUAUGGAGAUUGUCAAAGCCGGUGGGAAUCCCUUUGGGCCGCACUACUCAACCAAAGACGUGCUUGAGUUCGGUGACACGCUGCAACGCUUUGAUAAAGACCUCUCGGGGGACAUUGACAUUGACGAGUGGCUGAAAAUUAUGACGGCGCUGGGGGCCAAGAGCCAAGCGAUCGAUGUGGCCGUUGCGCGCGACCUCUUCUCGACAGUCGACGACAACGACGACGGGCUCAUUUCUCACCAAGAACUCCUCCACAUUGUGUUUCUACAAGCGACGAAGGAGCAGCUGAUGCAAAUGGAAGAGCUCAUUCGAGCGUCGCAGCACCGCGCUCAGAAGACGGCAUCACGGCCAUCAACCGCCCAAGACCAAGACGAGUGAGUCUCCGAAGCGUCGCGUCCUUCUCAUUCAUGUCCUGCUUGACGUAUUCGGUGAAUGUGUUCCACACGAAGCGUCGAUGACACGUCCUAGUAGCCUAGUCUUGAGUGUUUGCGUCUUCCUUUGCACAUAUUCGCUUGCGACCGGCUCGUUGAUAACGCAAUGAAGCCCCGACCUUUGUCUCUUGAAUGCCAGCAAAGUGUGUUUGAAGC